GUUUAGUUAAAUAUAACCUAUAAAGGGCGCAGUUUUGUAUCACGGAAUAUAUCAGUGUUGCAUACGAACUUGGAGCCAUGUCCCGCCUAGUUACCUUCUUGCUUUGUGUCCAAGCAUUAUUAAUUCAAAAUGCCUACAGUCAGUGUAUAGGUGCUGGAUAUGGCCUUGGAUAUGGAGGAGUAGGACCUGGAUACGGUCCAGCCGUUGCUGGCUUAGCUCCAGGAUACGGUCUUGGUCCAUACGGCUUCGGAGGCCCAGAAGUUUAUGGACCAAUUGUACCUGAUGUCGUUGCAUCGUAUGGAGGUGCUGGUAUCGGUGAUGUUGCUGUUGCUGGUGAAAUGCCAGUCGCUGGUACUACAUUCGUUGCUGGACAAGUGCCGAUCCUUGGUCUCGUGCACUUCGCUGGUGAGCUGCCAGCCGCUGGUAUUGUCACCGUAGCUGGCAAUUGCGGGUGUGGCUGUGGCAAUGGACCAUAUAUUUAUUAAAUAUAUAUAUUUAAA